CCACCCUCGUGCUGCGAACGUAAACUUUAAGGGAAAAAAGACAAGGAGAAGCGUGUCGGAGAAAAGAGCCGAUAAAAGGAUCGAGCCAAAGGUUGGAGCCAGUCACAAGCCACAACGCGAAGGCCAGAGAAACGCGGACUGCAGCUCUGCCAAACCUGUCAGGUCCGAGGGGUCGACAGAAUCGCCGACCUCUCGCACCCUGUCACAAGACCCACAAGGACCCACCUUGCUUUUCUUUUUUUUUUCUUUUUUUAAAAAUCUUGCAUCAAACCGCAAGAAGGAGAACCGCACGGAGAGGAGCUUGGUAGAGGAGACCAAAACCACUGCUUCAGAUUUUCGUGUGGAAAAUCUUUAUGAUUUUUUGUGCAUGUAUAAUUUUUUUGAUUAUUAUUUAUUAUAUUGGUUGGAUACCUGUGCCUGCAGAUUACUGUGAAUAUAACCACCAAGGACCCAGGAGCCCGACUCUUCCCUCAUGACAAUGGCUGUUGCCAGGGUGAUGACUUUCAUCCCACUUCUCCCACUUCUCCUGUUGUGGCCACGCUCUGGCCAGGGGAGCCCAAUACUGUCCCCUGAGGAACCCCGCCUGGAGGCCAGACACGGCGGCUUCCUGGACCCCUCUCUCCUGGAGCAGGACAGCGAGCUGGACAUGCAGAGCCUUCUGGAAAGCCUGCGGGGCCAGUUCCUCCGCACCUUCAACCUGACGGGCCUGGGGGGCCCCCUGCAGCCCAACGGGGGUCCCAGGGCCGAGCCGCCUGAGUACAUGAUGGAGCUCUACAACCGCUUCGCCAACGACCACACGGCCAUGCCGGCCGCCAACAUCAUCCGCAGCUUCAAAAACGAAGAUGGCUCACCGGACAGCGUGGGGACUGGGGGGGUGAGGAAGCACCCGCUCCUCUUCAACGUGUCGAUCCCGCACCACGAACGCGUCACCUCCGCCGAGCUCCGCCUCUACACACUGGUGCAGCGCGACCGCCACAUCUACGCCGGCGUCGACCGCAGGGUGACCGUGUUCGAGGUCCAGGGUGAGGACGCCAACGGAGGCGAAGAGGCCAAUGGGAGGACGAGAGGGGGUGAAGAAGGCGAGGAUAGAGGAGGAGGUGGAGGAGGGGAGCCCAGGUUGUUGGAGCUGGCUUCGCGGAGGGUCUACGGCACGGACGACGGCUGGGAGUCAUUCGACCUUACCGCCGCUGUCCACCGCUGGCGCAAGUCCGAGUACGGCACCACCCACAGGCUGGAGGUCCACAUCGCGAGCCUCACCGGAGAGGGGGAGGAGCCUCAGGCAGGGGGCGGGGCUGACGGCGGGGCUUUGGGCGGAGACAUGGAGAUUGACGUGAGCCCGGAGGCCAAACACAAACCGCUGAUGAUCGUCUUUUCCGAUGACCAGAGCAGUGAUCACCGGGGAGACAAGCGGGACAUCAACGAGAUGAUCGGGCACGAAACCAUGGGGACCAGCCUGCAGGACAACCUGGACCUGGGGCUUAACGGGCUCUGGGGCGACCACGGGGACAGCAGGGGCCGCCGGGAGGACGAGGAGGACGAUGAAGAGGCGCUCAUGCAAAUGCGCUCAAACCUCAUAUACGACACGGCCUCCAGGAUCCGCCGCAACGCCAAGGGCAACCAGUGCAAGAAGACCUCGCUCUACGUCGAGUUCAAGGACAUCGGCUGGGACUCCUGGAUCCUGGCCCCCUCAGGGUACGAGGCCUUCGAGUGUAGUGGUGUCUGCUCCUUCCCCCUGACCAAACACGUCACGCCCACCAAACACGCCAUCAUCCAGACACUGGCUAGCAUGAGGAGCCCGCAGAGGGUGUCCCAGGCCUGCUGCGUGCCCACCAAACUGGACCCCAUCUCCCUGCUCUACAUGGACGAGACCGGCGUGGUCACCUACAAGUACAAGUACGAGGACAUGGUGGUCGCUGAAUGCGGCUGUCGAUAGUCCCGCCCCUCCCCAUGGAAGGGGGAGGAGCUUAGACUCUUGAAACAAUGGAGGUUGCAGGAGGAGUUUGGGAGUUUUUUUCACGAAUAUCAACAAACAAAAUACAUAAAAUGGACUAUAAUCGGACAGAAACUUUGCUGAAUGAAGGCUACCACUUUAGAAACUUUAAAACAAGUUUUUUGCACCAGUCUGAGGCUAUAAAAACUAUUUUGAAUGACUUAAUGACUAUAGAAUCCCACGGUCACAGAUUUGCUUUCAUCCAGCUCCACCAUUUAAACUGGACUGAAGGGGGACUAGGAAGCCAUUUUGGGAAAUGUGUUUCUCCGGAAUAAAAGGAGAAGAAAGGAGAGAAGGAGAGAGGGAGGCAGCAUAGAGAAGGAGAUAUACUCCAGCGUAGGAGGGGGGAGUCUGUAUUUAUGUAAAGUCACUGUAGGUUCUUACUGCUUGUAAAUGUGUAUAUUUUGUAUUUCAGGAAAGAGAAUAUUUAAUUAUGAUGUACAGUACAAUGCAAUUCAUAUAAAUCAAUCAAACAAUCUGUAAACCAAAAAAAAAAAAAACGACAAUCAGGAAACCAGAAGCAGUGACGUGUAGUAAGAUUUUCGCUCUCAUGUUUUUUUCGUUACACACCCAGUGACAUGCUAAAAUAUAAAAACCCAUCUAGUUCUCUCUAUCAGCUUGCACUACAGCAGGGGUGCACACUAAGGGCAAAUCCACUUCUGGUUUUUAAGCCAAUUCAACUGCCAACCAAUCUUUGUCUGACCUGACAAAAUAUGAGCUAAGGCUGCAAACAUACAGUACCUUUAGUUAAAGCAUUUUUCUGUGGUCAGAUACUGGAGUGAACCAGUGCUGUUGAGUACAGAUAUUGAGCCAGCAUAAUUGAAUGAAAACCAGCACCAAACUCUUCCUGCAGGAAUGGGAGUUGCAUUGCAGCUAUAAUUUUAAGAUAAUGGACAAAAUGUGAUUUCAACUAGUAGGUCAGGUCAGGCCCAAACAUGGCAUCAGCAGUUUAGGGAGAAACAGAUCGUUUGAGGAACAGAUCUUCCCAAAGUUUUUAUGUGUGUAUUUAUUGUUAUGACAGAGCCAGUACUGUGCAUGUAAUGUACAGAGCGAGUGAGUCUCUGUAACUGGGGUUAUCGACGGACUACAGCCAGUGUGUGAGUGAGGGAAUCAGAGGGACUGGAGUAAGUUUGCAGUUUAAGCGUAGGAUCGGAUCUGGACACUAGCUGUGGUGUAGAAGGAAGGAGUCUUUUCCCGAGCAGUUUGGAAAGUGAGUUUUCAGGGCGAGAGAUUUCUGGUUGUGCUCUUCAGACAAGGACAAGGACUGAAGUACAGGAGCCUCUGUAAAGGAAAGCCAUUGCUUUAGAGUUAAUGUGCACCUUCAAAUAGACAAUGUCCACGGGGUUGGGGGUUAAUCACUUUGGGUUCCUCCAUCUACAAGAUUGUGGACUUUGUCUUGUGAAUUUUGCAUUCCCUGGAAAACAAGAACACAUUUGGAAAAAAGAGACUUGUCGCCCCGUCACACAAAGUGGGAAUUUCCAUUCAGGAAUUUCCUGAAGACAUUGAAGUGGAGAUCCCAUCCCACAAAGUUCUGAGCCGACUGCCAGGACACAUAACGCGGCAGUGGAAAAUUUUCACAGGACACCUCGGAGCUGGACAAGUUGUGCGUUUCGCUGCGAUAAUGUGCUUUUGUAAGGUCCCCAAGGACUCAAAAUGGCUGCCAGCCGAGGGGCUGCAAGUCCUGUGGAGCGACAGUUUGGCUCUCCUCCACUGACACUGAUUGCUUCAUUCAUUUCUUCCUCUCCUCUUAUCAUCCCUCGUCUCCGAUGGUCCGGCGAGAAGACUGACAAAGGAAAAUCUCCAAACUGGACUGCCCGACCCCUGCCCCCCCACCUCUCUCUCUCCAGCCGAGUCCUCGCCUCCCCCUCUCCACUCCUGGGGGGUUAUCUCCCUCCCGGCCUCCCUGGGGAGUCACAUGCCGUGCGACCGCCUUCCCCCCUCUCCUUCAUGCAGGAGCGAUAAGGAGGUGUUAAGACUGAGAAACAUGCACACCGUCGGACCCUGCGGCUGGAGGUUUGGGGGGCGGGUGCAGUAGAGUGGGAGAGGAAGGCUGUCAAGAUUCCUGCUACUGACUGGACUACUGGCUCCACUCACUGGCACAUUGACCCUGUCCUCUACCAUCAGAGGCCCCCACGCAAGUGCCUAAAUACCCACCCUUCCCUGGCCCCCCAGCCCCUGUCUCCAUUAAUACCCAGCUAUAUGCUACUUCUCCCUGCUCUCUCUGUGUCUCUAAUGGGGCAGCCUGUAGCCUAGGGGCUAAGGAACAUGACUGGGACCUGGAAGCCUGGUGGUUCAGACCUUGGUGUAGCCACAAUAAGAUCCACAUAGCUAUUGGGCCCUUGAGCAAAGCUUUAACCCUAUAUUGCUCCAGGGGGGAUUGUCCCCUGCUGAGUCUAAUCAGCUGUAAGUCGCUUUGGAUAAAAACCUGAGCUAAAUAAUGGUAAUGUAAUAUAAUGCCUCUCCCUUUACCUCUCUCCCUCUCUCCUUCUCUCUGUAUCCUUCAUCGUUAUGGAAAAGCGACCACCCUGCCCUUAUCAAUGCUCGGCCAAGAGGAUAAGUGGGGGAAACAAUCCCAGCUGCCAUUUUGAGUGAGUGAGUGACUGAAUCCCACCCACCAUUUUGUGACUCAAGGACAAAUGACUGUGAGAAUUCCAUCACAUCUUUCCCGAAAAGCCAAAUCUGAGCCGCCCAACCCGUGCUGCUUCCGUUUAUACAACUCCUAUUUAUUUGAUUAAUUUAUUGACUUUAUUGUGACAAAGAGGUGAUGAUGUAGAACAAUAUAUAUUGUGUAUUCAUACCAAAAUUAUACUUCAGAAAAAAAAGACAGUGGAAUUGUUUCUCUUAUUUAUGAAAAUUAUUUCAUGCAUUGUGUUGGUUGUUUAUUUUUUUGUUUUUUGUUUGGAGCAAAAGUCAAACAGCAAGUUGUUGUGUUCCUCUAUUUCACGUUUUAUUCUCAUACUUUAAACCACUUUACAGUUUUGUUUGCAACAGCGGGGAAAAAAUUCUUUGUAUUCACGCUUGUGGUUUCAUUCCUGAGCUCCACAAAUUGAUUCCUUUGGUUUAAACUUCAUGUGAAAUUUCUUCAGAACAGAGGUGUGUGUGUGCAUGGAUGUGUGUGUGUCUGCGUGUGUGUACGUGGGCGUGUGUGUGUGUGUGUGUGUGUAUGCGUGUGUGUCUGUGUGUGGGUCUAGGUGUCCAUGCAUGCGUGUGUGUGUGUGUGUGUGUGUGUGUCUGUGCGUGCGUGUGUGUGUGUGUCUGUGUGUCUGUGCGUGCGUGUGUGUCUGUCUGUCUGUGCCCGUGUGUAUGUGGGUAUGUAUGUGCCUGCACACGUUUGUGUGUGUGUGUGUCUGCAUGUGUGUCCAUGCGUGCGUGCGUGUGUGUGCGUGUGUGUGUGUGGGUAUGUGCCUGCACAUGUUUGUGUGUGUGUGUGUGUCUGCAUGUGUGUCCAUGCGUGCGUGCGUGUGUGUGUCUGUGUGUCUGUGCGUGCGUGUGUGUGUGUCUGUCUGUGCCCGUGUGUAUGUGGGUAUGUAUGUGCCUGCACACGUUUGUGUGUGUGUGUGUCUGCAUGUGUGUCCAUGCGUGCGUGCGUGUGUGUGCGUGUGUGCGUUGACAGGCAUUUAGAAUGCAAAGCUUUAAGUGACUAUUGAGACCUAUCAGCAAACAGGCUACAGUUUACACUUGUCAGAUGAACAGAGAGCCACGGGAAACGGCACUGGAAGCUCUAAUGAACACAGUGGUCAGUCUGCUUCUCCGCCUGACGGACUGCAGAUGCGCGUUUCGACAGCUGCUCCGGCUGACCCUCUCUGCCUUCCUGUGCACUUCCAGAAGCUUCUAUUAAACCAAACAUCGUACCGCCACCCUGGAGGGCCACAUGCCAAAGCACUGGCAUCGGGACAGCAGGCCCCCCAAUGACUUAUCAAGGCGCGUGCUGAUAGGUUCGUGAUGUCAUGAAUACCAACUGCCUUUCUAUACUGCACAGUGUACAUAUAAAUAAAGGGAAUGCGCUCCAAA